AUGGAUGUGACUACAGACAGACCUAAUCUGAGAGACAACAACAACAACGAUCGACGCGCACAACCCGCAAAGCUGUGUACGAGCGCAUUCAUUCAAGCUUACCCGAGGUGUUGCAGACGAACCGCUUGGCUUUGUUGGACAGAGAGAGCAAACUGUGAUCCCACCCACUUUUUUACCAGCCAUCCCAAGCGGCCGACUACUGUACCACCAUCGUCCUUCCCACGGGUUAGUUUUAGGUACACAAUGUACACCAAAGGGCUCUCAUCGCUCGCUCUUCUCCUGAUCCCGGGUGCCUGCCAUGGCCUGAUCGAGACGUGCGACGACCUCCUGGCGGCGUUCGAGCAGACCCAGACAGAGGACGUAGUCGUCGAGAUGCACCCGUUCGCCGAUAUCGAGUGCGAAACCUUCACGAACAUGACCAUGACGUCGAACUCGCUGACGGUGAGCUCGAGCGAGAAUAUCGACAACUUUUCCGGCAGCAGCAGCCUCGUUAACGUCAGGCUGGACGUGACCAACGGGGCGAAGCUGUUCUGGGAGACCAACGUGAUCUUCGAGGGGGACGAGGAGACGGACCUGAUGGUCGACGGAGGGGCCGUGUACGUCGGGGAAGGCUCCACCGUGCGCUUCCUCAACGACGUACAGAUGCAGGACAUCGCCAUCAUUAACGAGCGCGACGAGGACUCCGACUUUUCCUCCUUCGUCCGCAGCGGCGGCUGCGUAUGGACCGCGGGUUACUUCCGGGUCGACGGCGAGGCGACGUUCACCGGGUGCGACAUCAGCGGGGCCGGGGAGAGCCCCCCCGGGCCGGGAGGAGCCGUGUACGUCGGAGAGACGGGCUCGGUUCUUUUCAACGGGGGGGUGACCAUCACCGACACGCACAUCACCGACGACUUCGGCGGCAGCGGGGGCGGCAUCUACAACCUCGGCAAGGUCAACAUAAAGGGGGACUCCCGCUUCGAGGAUAUCUCGGCGAGCUCCGGGGUCGCCAUCUACAACGGCGAAGGCGCGACCUUUAACUUCAGGAGCGGUGCACGGGCCUUCUUCAAGGACUUGAACAACCGUGACUCCGAGGGAAGCGCUCUGUUUAACCGAGGGUUCUUCAAGUUCUCCGGGCCAGCCCUCUUCUUUGACGCGGAGUUACCGGUGAUUGUGGCCGUGGACAACAGCGAAACCAUAAUCUCGGAGGACUCGGCGUUCUGGACGUGGGACGAAAGCCCUGGAGACGCACUGAGCGUGAACGAUGGGGCGGACUUUACGCUUCCCGACUCGGUGACCUUCGUUGGCUUUGAUUAGCACCAGCAACAACUGCACUAGUGGAAGAGAUGUUGGCAGGGUGGAAAUGUUCGAAUGCCCAGACUUCGGGGCUUCAGUUGGCUUUGAGUAACAAGAACCUCCUAGAGGAGAUGAAUCGGUUUCAGUUUGCGAUAUGGCGCGGAGGUUACGCUUCCCAACUACUUGACGACUGUUGGACUUGAGGCUUGAGAAACAACCCGCCAUUUUUCAAGAGUUCCCCGACUGACCGUCGUUAGCUUUGAAUAUCAACCUCGCUGCCAGAAGAGGACGUUGACAGGGUGAACAGACUGCAAGGUUCGAGGAAGGUGAUGCUGUCGCAUUGCCCGUACCCUUCGUGGACGCUGCUGUACCAUACUGCACUUGGUCGUAUCUGGGUCAGGAUGCCCUUCUCCGUGGUACCAAACGGCGGUGAAGUGCUGUGCAUUUGUAGGUGUCAUGAGAGAAGGACGGUUUGGAUCGCCAGGAGAAGAAGUGAAGCGUGGCGAGACAACCGUUACGCGUUCUGACAGCAGAAAGAAGCUGUAGUUUGUGUUCGUACAAUCACCGCAAGACUACCCGUACUAGGGGAUUGAAGGGCCCCUCCGCCCCCAGUGGGCGCUGGGGCCCGACUCGCAUUGCGGCGUUGACCAUUGGCUGAUGACGUAGCGUUGCGUGAGGACGAAAAACAACAAAAAAUAGACUUAAGUUAAUGAAAGAAAAAUGUCAAGGAUGAAGGGCGGUUUUUAUUCACUGAUUGGUGGUUAGAGGGCAUCAUUAUGGAGAGUUUCAACAUAGUCUAUAGAUGUAGAUAUAGGUCAGACGGUAUCAUCGUAAGUGUGCCCUACAUACGCACUACCUAUUCAUAGGUUCAACAGGCGUCGGUUGCAAACGCCUUAUACAAAAAAAUCCGAGGAGAAAGGGCGAAAGGAAAAUAUACACGAAUGUGGUGCUGGUCUUCGUUGGAUACCCAUCCGAACAGUAGAAGGAUCACGAGACAUACGUCGAAGAUGUCGAAGUGUAGACUAGAUGUCAUUGACAAUGGUGGUCGCUAGACGUAUACAUAACUCUAGUUUGUGUUUGCGGCCUACUACGCCACUUAUUUAUCGGGU